GACCUGACGGUGAUUCUUAUCCCUGGAGGACUUGUCAACCAUUUUUGAUUUGUAAUCGGGUGUCAGAAUAAUUGUUAAAGGUUAGGUUAUGUAGCCCAUUUGUGGAGUUAUGAAAGAUGAUUGACGAAGUGAUAAACCUAUUUGAUGAUGGUAUAAAGCCUUACAUAGAAGAACUCUUAAAAGGCAGAAUAGGCGUCGGUGCACACGCAGUGGAAGUAUGCAACGUGGACACGGGAGUGGCAAGCUUCGGCACGGAGUCAGCCAUGCGUGGCGAUCGCUUUCAGUUGCUCGUACCGUACGCAGGGGACAGAUUAGUGUGGAAUGUGAUAUUUGAUGCCACGAAUCCAGAGUAUCCACCGGACUUUGGCUUCGACGAUAGCUUCCUGGCGGAUCCGGAUGUCGGCGUGUUGGAAGAAGCCGUGCCGAGCCUCGCCAACUGGGAUGGCCGUGAUCCGAAGGCUCUUCUGCGCGUGGUUGGGGAAUUGCUGUCUUUGUACAGGAAGUUCCAGAUUUCUCUCCUGGAUGAUGGUGAUAGCGAGCGACUAAAUUUUGAAUACUCGUCGCUCGUGUACCAGACGGACGUUGAGGAAACAGACGUGGAGGUGUUGGUAGCAUCUCGACAGUCUGCGAGGACACGCCAAACAAACCAAAGUGUUCACUUUCUCAUACGGCUGAAUGUGGACUUCUCUGGCCUGCCACCCUUGAACAAAACCGAGAACGCAGGGGAGAGUUCUGCGUACCUGCUGGUGGUGUUUCAUCCUCCUCAGUGGAGCCGCAUCCUUCCGCAGCUCAUACUCUCGCCUGCCGUCGAGACUGCAUUGGGGAAUUCAUCGUUCAGCCUUCCACAGUUCCCUCAGCGGGACUGCCUCAUGGACUACGUUCCGAUCAUAAAGAAACAACUCAAGGAUAAGAUUGAAGUCGUCAUCACCAGCUUCGAGAAAAGGGAACAGUUUAUCAGCAUCCUCAUAUUCAAGUUGAGCGGAGCACUGCUGGAGUAUGACUUCCACUCUUUCACCCAAGCAUCUUUUCUGCUGAUGAAGAAAGACUUUUUUUUCGUGUUACAUGUGACUCUGCCUCAAACCUUUCCUAACGGUGGCCCUGUAUACCUUCUCCAGUCUGUGUACCAUGCGUCGCAUGGGAAGCCUUUCAAGUUGGAGUUGGAGGGCUGUCCGUACAGUCCGCGCUGGAAGGUGCCUGAGAUUGUGGAUCGUGCUAUAAGCUUCAUUUGGGAUGAAGUAGACAAAUUUCAGAAAGUAUCUGUGCAGAGUUGUUCCUCUAUUUAGUUUGGAUCAGUACUCUUGUUUUUCAGUUUAUAUUACUUUUUUUUAGCUUUCUUUAAACUUCUGACCCAAAUUAUUUUCGCCAUUAUAGUUAAUGGGAAUUGAUUAUUUCCAUAGCAUUUCUAUUAAAAUUUAAAAAAAAAAAGUAGUUAAAGAUAAAUUAUUUUAUUAAAUGUAAUUAUUAGGAAAAAUUCUUUUUACUGUCUGCAACACUUUUCAUAUGAUUUCAAAGUUACUGUGAUAUUUAUGAACUUAGAUGUGCCAGCAAUAAAUUGUUUUGUAGUGUUGGUGCUCAGUAAAGAUUUUUUUGAAUUUUA